UGGUCUGUGCGUGUGUGUGGUUGUUUCCAGAAGAAAAAAAGAGAAGUAUCAGUAAAGCAAGUUGCAAACAGCCAUGAUAUGCAAUCAGAGGUGACAGAGAGGAGGACGUGUGAGAAAAUUAAAAGUAAACACUGGUGGAAUUAAGUAGAGUAUUGGUAUAGCCUACUCAGGGCAGGAAGAUUACCAAGGCAGGCCAACAUACUGUUGCUUUUAGUUGAAAAUACCUUCAAUAGAAAAUAGCAAAUUGUGUGCGAACGUCGAGUAGAACAACAAGUUCAAGAACCAUUUCAACAUUUGUACAGUGAUAACCCUGUUCCUUAGCAUGGUUUGGUCUUCAUCGCUUACAAUGAGAUUAGCUCACGUAAUAAUGUGCCUAUGUGUGGCAGGAGUGUUGUGUCAAGCAACUGAUACAACAAUUGCUACAUCAACAACCACAGCUACAACGAUCCAACUUAUAACAACCCUACCUACAACGAUCCCACCUAGAACAAUUCCACCUACAACCCCUAAACCACCUCCCGCCAACGUAGAUCAUGUAGAUGUGACAGAGCAAACUCAGACCAGUGUAACUCUGCAGUGGAACAAGCCAGCAAAUGGAGUCUCCAGUUAUCUGCUGAACUUUGGCGAAAAAGAAGAGAUUCACAUUAAUGCAUCAGAAGGGGUAACAGAUAUACACACAGUCUCACCUCUCACUGCUGGGACACAAUAUGGGUUCACUCUCUUCACUGUGUUUGAAGGCGUCAGGAGUACUGGAUUCAACUAUACUGCUGCCACUGCUCCCCGCAACGUAGCUGAUGUCAAAGUGACAAGGCAAACUGAGACCAGUCUAACUCUUCAAUGGAAGAAGGUGGAGGGGGAAGGGAUCACUUAUGUGCUGCAGUUCAACAAUGGGACUAAUAAUACCAUCCCUGUAUCUGAUACAAGUGAAACAGUGACAUACACAGUCUCAUCUCUCGAUGCUGGGACAAAAUACAACUUCUCUAUCUUCACUGUGUUUGAAAAAUUACCAAGCAAUGGAUACAAUGUGCUCACAAUCACCCGUCCCCUCAGUGUAGAUCGUGUAAAUGUGACAAGGCAAACUGAGACCAGUCUAACUCUUCAAUGGAAGAAGGUGGAGGGGGAAGGGAUCACUUAUGUGCUGCAGUUCAACAAUGGGACUAAUAAUACCAUCCCUGUAUCUGAUACAAGUGAAACAGUGACAUACACAGUCUCAUCUCUCGAUGCUGGGACAAAAUACAACUUCUCUAUCUUCACUGUGUUUGAAAAAUUACCAAGCAAUGGAUACAAUGUGCUCACAAUCACCCGUCCCAUCAGUGUAGAUCGUGUCAAUGUGACAAGGCAAACUGAGACCAGUCUAACUCUUCAAUGGAAGAAGGUGGAGGGGGAAGGGAUCACUUAUGUGCUGCAGUUCAACAAUGGGACUAAUAAUACCAUCCCUGUAUCUGAUACAAGUGAAACAGUGACAUACACAGUCUCAUCUCUCGAUGCUGGGACAAAAUACAACUUCUCUAUCUUCACUGUGUUUGAAAAAUUACCAAGCAAUGGAUACAAUGUGCUCACAAUCACCCGUCCCCUCAGUGUAGAUCGUGUCAAUGUGACAAGGCAAACUGAGACCAGUCUAACUCUUCAAUGGAAGAAGGUGGAGGGGGAAGGGAUCACUUAUGUGCUGCAGUUCAACAAUGGGACUAAUACUACCAUCCCUGUAUCUGAUACAAGUGAAACAGUGACAUACACAGUCUCAUCUCUCGAUGCUGGGACAAAAUACAACUUCUCUAUCUUCACUGUGUUUGAAAAAUUACCAAGCAAUGGAUACAAUGUGCUCACAAUCACCCGUCCCCUCAGUGUAGAUCGUGUCAAUGUGACAAGGCAAAAUGAGACCAGUGUAACUCUGCAGUGGAACAAGGUGAAGGGAGAAGGGAUCACUUAUGAGCUGCAGUUCAGCAAUGGGACUAAUAAUACCAUCCCUGUAUCUGAUACAAGUGAAAUAGUGACACACACAGUCUCAUCUCUCGAUGCUGGGACAAAAUACAACUUCUCUAUCUUCACUGUGAUUGAAGAUAUCAGAAGUAUUGGAAGUAAAUUAUCUGCAGUCACUGCUCCCCUCAAUGUUGAGGCUGUCACUGCAACAGAGUCACACCGCACUGAGACCAGUGUAACUCUGGAGUGGAAAAGGCCGGCAUAUGGCGUCUCCAGUUAUGUGUUGCAGUUCACCGAUAAAGGACAGAUACCCAUUCCUAUAUUGGAAGAAACAGUGACACAUACUGUUCAACUUCUCGAUGUUGGGAAAAGAUAUGACUUCACCCUCUUCACCGUGUUUGAUGGCAUCUGGAGCAGUGGAGAAAGCAACUUCACAGUAACGAAAAUAAACUGUGCUGUUUUACCCUGGAACGUUACUACCUCAACUAUCGAGGCUAAAAUCCCUGGGUUGUUCACCAGUGCGACAGCAACUAAUGAAACUUACUCUGAAACCCAUGACAAUGCUGGUGAUGGCAAAGUGUUAUUCACUGACCUGUAUCCUGGCUCAAAUUAUACAGUGUCUCUUCAGUAUACAAAUUAUUCUAAAGACCUUAGGCAGUGUACACACACAGAGACUGUGGUUCCCCCAGACCUAACAGGAAAAUGUGACUAUCUGUCCGGCGGCUACGCUUUCUCUCUGUCCUGGGAUGCGCCGGAGGGACUAUGGACCAGUGUGGAGGUGAAUGUAGCUGGGAAAAGCCCUCAGCAAGUGAAGGGAGAGCAGGUGAUGGAGGCUGAAAUCACUGGGGUUCAACCUGCCCAGACCUAUCAAGUGACUUUGGUCUCAAUCUCUGGGCCUCGCAGGAGUAUCAAGGCUUUCUCUUUCAGCUGUCAUACAGACCCAAGGGGGGUCAUUGCAUGGUCAGUCAUGGUUGUGCUGGUACUCUGCCUCCUGGUUUGUCUGGGUUUCUUCAUUUGGCGUUGGAAGCCAGAAAUGUUCAGCCGGCUCAACUCGUUGUUUGUGGAAUCCAAACUAGCCGGCGAAAAAUUCAAAGCGAUUCCAGUGUGGAAGUUUUCAGACCACUACUACAGAAUGAGCGCUGACACCAACAGACAAUUCAGUGAGGAGUAUCAGGACUUCAUCCCUGUUGGCACAGAGCAGACUCAAAGAGCAGCCCUUCUGGAGGAGAACAAGAACAAGAACCGCUUCACCAAUGUGCUGCCAUAUGACUGGUGUCGGGUGAAGCUAACCACGAUAAACCACGACAUGAGCUCUGACUACAUAAAUGCGAAUUACAUGCCAGGCUACGGUAACAGCAGACAGUACAUCGCUACACAGGGUCCCCUGCCCGCCACCAUCAAAGACUUCUGGAGAAUGAUCUGGGAGCAAAGGGUAAAGGGCGUGGUCAUGGUAACCAACUGCACCGAAAGAGGGAGGACUAAAUGUGAGCAGUACUGGCCUCUGGACUACACCCCGAGCCUGUACGGAGACCUGUUGGUCACAGUCACAUCCGAGAAGAGAGAAACCAACUGGACACUGCGGGAGUUUGUGGUGAAAAAUAGAGACACAUCUGAGGAUCGCCUUGUGAAACACUUCCACUUCACGGCCUGGCCAGACCACGGAGUCCCAGAGGGGACAAUGACUCUGAUCCAGUUCAGAGGGCUGGUCCGGCAGCACAUAGAGAGCCAGGAGGACAGUGGACCCACUGUGGUGCACUGCAGUGCUGGCGUGGGGAGGACAGGCACCAUCAUUGCUCUGGACGUGAUACUACAACAGCUGGAGAGGGAGAGGGCAGUCGGCAUCGCUGCCUUUUUGCACAAGAUGAGGCUGAGUCGACCGCUCAUGAUUCAGACAGAGUCGCAGUAUAUUUUCCUGCACCAAUGCAUCAUGGAUUCUCUGCAGCCCAAAGAGAAGAUGAUGCAAGAGGCCCUGUAUGAGAACUCGGACAUGAUCUACGCCAACAGCAUGGCACUGAGGCAGUUUCACGCUACCAAUCCAAAUGUGUCUGCUCUGAGUGUUUGUUAACAUUGUGGAUAAAAAUGCCUUCUAUGAGCCCAAGAGUAACCUAGGUUCUUUUUAUCAUGAUGUAAGAAUACUCAAUACUCAAUGCUGCCUGUGUUUUCAAUAAGUUGAGUCUGUCAAACAAUGGCGAUCUCAUGCUCCUGUCUUCUGUAUUUUGGUAUUUCUAUUUUAAUCUAUUUACAUCACAUGUACAUAAUGGUUUAGCUUAUAUUGGGUAUCAUCAUUCACUGGUUAUGUUCAGGAGAAUUCAGCACACCUGGCACACUUCACAUUAACCUAAUUACUUUUUAUCAUGGUGUAAGCAUACUCAAUUUUGCCUGUGUUUUCAAUACAUUUCAGUUAUAGCCUAUCCAAUUUCAAAAUUGCACUUGAAAUUAUUCAUGAAGGAUGACAAUUUUACCUGACAUGUAUAAAAGUGUGUAAUUUGGCUUUCAUGUAUAACAAAGCGUAAAAAUAAAACUAUUUUUCGUUAGUCACAAAGACUAUUAUAAUAAGAGACCAUAGUCUUA